AUGGUCCGUACUUCCCUGCGCAACAAGCAGACGGUCAACUACAACGAAGAUCACAACGACGACAAGAUGCCCAAGGCGAAAGUUGCGGCCAGGGCCAUCACGACUGCCAGCAAGAUUGUCGAGAACGCCAAUGGAGUAGCCUCAAAAUCUGUUGCCGCAAAGGCUAUCACGAAGCGGAAGGCUGAGCCUGAAGCCGAGCCGGAGAACGCAGCCCCGGCUCCAGCAGUGAAGGCGGCCAAGAAACGCAAAACCAAGGCCAAAGAUGAAGAUGCGACACCCCUGGCAGACCGAACUGCUAUUUCCACGCUCAAGCCUGCUAUGCAUAUUGGUGCUCACGUUAGUGCUGCAGGAGGAGUUCAGAACUCUGUCACAAAUGCCAUCCACAUUGGCGCAAACGCCUUUGCCCUCUUUUUGAAGUCGCAGCGAAAAUGGGCAAACCCACCUCUCGAUUCCGAAGCAAAGAACCAAUUUAUCUCGUUGUGUAAAGACCACAGCUAUAGCGCAAACGAACACGCUCUCCCUCAUGGCUCAUACCUAGUCAACUUGGCGCAAGCGGAUGAAGACAAGGCGAACCAAGCUUAUACAUCCUUUGUUGACGAUCUUCAGCGCUGCGAGCAAUUGGGUAUUCGCCUGUACAACUUCCACCCGGGUUCGACAGGUGGCGAUGCAAGACCUGCAGCCAUUGGACGCAUCGCGGCGCAGCUCAACAAGUCGCACAAGGCCACCAAGACAGUUGUCACGGUUCUCGAGAACAUGGCUGGCAGCGGCAAUGUUAUCGGUUCAACGUGGGAGGACCUGAGGGACAUCAUAGAGCUGGUUGAAGACAAGUCAAGAGUGGGUGUCUGCAUUGACACAUGCCACGCGUUUGCAGCAGGGCUUGAUCUGAGAACACCCGAAGCGUUCAAGAAAACAUUUGACUCCUUUAACGAGAUCGUCGGCCACGAGUACCUCAAAGCCUUUCAUCUCAACGACAGCAAAGCCCCGUUCAACUCCAAAAGAGAUCUCCACGCCAACAUUGGCACGGGUUUCCUUGGACUCCGCGCUUUUCACAGCAUCAUGAACCACGCACCUUUCGCCGGCAUGCCCAUGGUUCUAGAAACGCCCAUCGAUCGUCCCGGCGCCGAUGGAAAGUCUGUUGAGGACAAAAAGGUUUGGGCCGAUGAGAUCAAGCUUCUGGAACGUCUUGUUGGCAUGGACGCCGAGAGCGAUGAGUUCAAGGAGCUUGAGAUAGAGUUGCAAUCUAAGGGCGAAUCAGAGCGGAACAAGAUACAAGAUCAGGUCGAUCGUAAACUGGCCCAGGAUGCCAAGAAGGGGACUAAGAAAGGUGGAAAGAAGAAGAAGAAGAAGGACGAGUCAGAUGAGAGCGAGUAG